UGCGCGAGCAGGAGCGAGUGUACGAGUGGUUCGGGCUGGUGCUGGGCUCGGCGCAGCGUCUGGAGUUCAUGUGCGGGCUGCUGGACCUUUGCAACCCGUUGGAGCUGCGCUUCCUCGGCUCGUGCCUGGAGGACCUGGCGCGCAAGGACUACCACUACCUGCGAGACUCGGAGGCCAAGGCCAACGGCCUCUCGGACCCGGGACCGCUGGCCGACUUCCGAGAGCCCGCUGUACGCUCGCGCCUCAUCGUCUACCUGGCGCUGCUGGGCUCGGAGAACCGUGAGGCCGCCGGCCGCCUGCACCGUCUCCUGCCCCAGGUAGAUUCGGUGCUCAAGAGCUUGCGCGCGGCCCGGGGCGAGGGCUCGCGAGGCUGCGCGGAGGACGAGCCCGGCGAGCGCGGCGAGCAGCGCGAGGGCGAGGAGGACCCCGAGAAGGACGGCUCCGGCCGGGAAGGCAGCGGUGCCGAGCCUCGCGCCGGCGACGGGCUGGGCUUCAGGGCCCAGGAGGAAUUGCUACUGCUCUUCACCAUGGCUUCGCUGCACCCGGCGUUCUCCUUCCACCAGCGGGUCACCCUGAGGGAGCACCUGGAGAGGCUCCGUAGCGCGCUCCGCGGAGCCCCCGAGGACGCGGAGGUGGAGUCGUGCAACUUUGCUGGCCCCAGGGCCCAGAAUGACUCUGCUCAUGGUGAUUACAUGCAAAGUGCCGAGGCCAGUUUAACAGCAGAACAAGCCCCGGUAUCUCAUGACGGACUUACUGUGGCACCUCAUAGAACACAGCGAGAAGCUGUACACAUUGAGAAGAUCACGUUGAAAGGAGUCCAAAGAAAAAGGGCUGACAGAUAUUGGGAGUACACCUUCAAAGUAAAUUGGUCUGAUCUUUCAGUUACAACAGUAACAAAAACUCACCAAGAACUACAAGAAUUUCUACUGAAGCUUCCAAAGGAAUUGUCUUCAGAGACUUUUGACAAGACCAUCCUGAGAGCCCUGAAUCAGGGCUCGUUGAAAAGGGAAGAACGGCGACAUCACGAUCUAGAGUCCAUCCUGAGGCAGCUUUUCUCCACUUCAUCACAAGCUUUUCUCCAGAGUCAGAAAGUGCACAGCUUUUUUCAGUCCAUAUCAUCAGACCCUCUGCACAGCCUCAAUAACUUACAGUCCUCGCUGAAGACUUCCAAGAUACUAGAACACUUAAAAGAAGACAGCUCAGAAGCUUCAAGCCAAGAAGAAGAUGUGUUACAGCACACCAUAAUCCACAAGAAACAUACCGGGAAAAGUCCCAUUGUGAACGCUGUUGGUACGAGCUGUUCUCCAUUAGAUGGGCUCACUGUGCAGUAUUCUGAGCAGAAUGGAAUUCUGGACUGGAGGAAGCCAAGCUGCACCACCAUUCAGCACCCGGAGCACUGUGUGGCUGAGGUUGACCAGCAUUCAACUGAAAAACGAAACUUAUCUUCAGUAAAUAAGAAGAAAGGAAAGCCACAAAUAGAAAAGGAGAAAAUUAAGAAGACUGACAACAGAUUGAAUAGUAGAAUGAACGGCGUUAGACUCUCCACUCCCCAGCACGCCCAUGGUGGCUCCGUGAAAGAACUGUUAUUUUUAGACACGAAUUUGGACAUUGGAUCUGGACAUGACACGUGUGGAGAAACCUCUUCAGAGAGUUACAGUUCUCCGUCUAGCCCACGACAUGACGGAAGAGAGAGUUUCGAAAGUGAAGAAGAAAAAGACAGAGACACAGACAGCAAUUCUGAGGAUUCUGGGAAUCCGUCAGCUUCCAGGUUUACAAGUUACGGUUCUGUCAGCCCGACUGUCACUGUCAAGCCACCUGUUGAAAUUGCUUCAUUAGGAAACGACAAUGGAGGCCUUUUAGAAGAUCCCCUAAACUCGCCCAAGUAUCAGCAUCUUUCUUUUAUGCCAACUUUACACUGUGUCAUGCACAGCGGCGCCCAGAAGUCUGAAGUCGUGGUUCCCCCGCGCAAAUCUGCUGACGGCAGAACAAUCGGCAUGCUCGUUCCGAGUCCUGUCGCUAUUUCUGCAAUGCGGGAGCCCACCAGUUCAGCCCCUGGUGGGGUGCUGGGGCCAGCAGCUUCUACUGGAGAAUCCGAAAAGCACCUGGAACUCCUGGCCGCCCCUUUACCUCUCCCGUCAGCGUUCCUCCCACACAGCAGCGCUCCCGCUGUGCACCUGACAAUUCAGAGGCUGAAGUUGCCGCCGCAGGGGUCUUCCGAGAGCUGCGCAGUCAACGUCCCCCAGCAGCCGCCAGGGAGUCUGAGCGUCGGAUCACCAAGCGCUGCCUUUAUUCCUGUCCAGAACCCAGGCAGUUUUCCAGGAUCUCCUGGUGCUGCCACGGACCCCAUCACCAAACCUGCAUCCCAACUGGUAGGACUCAAUCAAAUGGUGCCUCAGCUCGAGGGAAACACAGGGACAGUCCCUCAGCCUACCAGCGUGAAGGUAGUUCUUCCAGCAGCCGGCCUGUCAGCCGCACAGCCACCAGCCCCCUACGCCUUGCCGGGCUCUCCCCUCGCUGCCAGCGCGUUACCCAGCCAGAGUCCCGGUGUGCUCAGCACCGCGGUGACCUCCGCCCAGUCCGCGGGCGCGUGCGUCAGCCAGGCCCAGCCUGCGGGGCCUCCCGCGGUUCCCACGCACACGCCGGGCCCCGCCCCCAGCCCCAGCCCCGCCCUGACGCACAGCACGGCCCAGAGCGACAGCACGUACAUCAGCGCCGUGGGGAACAUGAGCGCCAGUGCCGCGGUGCUGCCGCCGCAGCAGAUGGCGUCGGGGCCUUGCGGCUCCUGUGGGCGAAGGUGCAGCUGCGGAACCAGUGGGAGCCCGCAGCUCAGCAGUUACUAUUACCCCGGCCCGGUGCCCGGGCCCGUGUACCGCGUCCCGUCGUUCUUCACCCUGCCACCCAUCUGCAGUGGCAGCUACCUCAACCAAGCACACCAGAGCAACGGAAACCAGCUCCCUUUCUUUCUGCCUCAGACUCCGUAUGCAAACGGGCUGGUGCAUGAGCCGGUCAUCGGGAGCCAGGCCAGCUACGGCAUGCAGCAGGUAGCGUUCGGGAGGUACUACCCUUCGUACCCGGCGCCCGGCGUGGUCGCCAGCGCCAGCGGCUCGGGGCCCAAGAAGAGCGGCAGCGCUUCAUGCUACAACUGCGGCGCCAGCGGGCACUACGCGCAGGAGUGCAAGCAGGCGCCCAUGGAGGCCGGCCCGCAAGGCACGUACAGACUGAGAUACGCACCUCCCCUCCCCCCUUCUAAUGAUACGUUGGACUCUGCAGACUGAAACAAGUAAAGCUUGCCUACCUAAUAUACUGAAGUGUGGGGAGUCAUGGUGGGGUGCGGAGGGGAGGAAAGGAAAGGUAUUUUGUUCGUGUUUCUUUGUCUGUACAUUUCCUAGAUUUCUCUGCAGUUGGGGUUUUUCAUUUCUCUUGUACUGAUGUCUAAAACAAAAAAAAAGAAUGCAUUGCUUUUGAGCCUCUGGUCUCCUGGUUCAACAACAGGCUUAUCUGUAUGAUACAUGUAAUUUAAACAUCCAAACAAACUAUCAAAAGGAAAAUGUGGAUGUGUGCUUUUUUUUUUUUUACACUGAAUACUUGCUGUGUGCAAUGUUUACUGAAUCUUUAAAACUGUGUAUUUGAUCUUUUUUACAACACUGGUGACAGUCGUGAAGUUUGGAAAAAAAAGAUACUUUGCUUCUUCCACAGCUUUCCUCACACCCUGAACUACAUACAAUUCCCUCCCAGCCACCCUCCUCCUGGUCGCACGCAGGCUGCAGGAGUUUGGGGCGGUGCGUUGAUCCACACUUUUGUAAACUGCUCUGCAUAUAAAUUGAGGGUAAACUGUUUCACCUUUAAUGUUAAGGGAGAAAUCAGAUUCCCAAACUAGCGUGUAUAUCUCUAAUAAACAGCGUCACUAAAUGCGCAUAUGCAGCGCUUGCUGUCCAAAUAAAAGUUAAACUUAAGUGGAAGGGAGAGGAAGAAGUAAAACCACAUGAAACUAAAAGAUACAGUGUAUGAAGUGGACAGAGAGCUUUUUUCUUAAAAAAAGAAACAACUUUUAAUUCAUCAUACUUUUUUAGCCUGUUGCUUCAGAGAGACAUAAAGUGAACAAACCAGUGUGAAUGUCGCUCUGCUGUGUUUGUGUUUGUAAGGACAGUCAACGCCAAUGUAGUCUCCCUGUGUGGGGCCGACACUACUUGAGUAAGGAUUUCUUCUUGCCCUACGCCAGCUGUUACAGUGUUACGUUGUAUUAACGUGUAUGGUUUAUUGCGAUCUGAACAGAAACUCUGCAUUUCUGCAAAAGUCAGGUAUUUGUUCCCUAACCUGUCUCUUAUAGCAAAGUCACUUUUAUAACAGUUUACCACUAUGCUUGAUUAUAAUGUGAAAGACUGAAUUCUGAGUGUGUUAAGAUGGUAUUAAUCAUGUCAGUGUCAUGUCACUAAGUUUAAUGCUGCUGUUUUAAAAAAAAAAAAAAAUUUUUUUUAAAGCAAAUCUAUGUACUAAAUUGCUUCCAGGUAAUUUUUGAUUUCCUAAAGUGCACUGAGGUGGUCUGGAAGAGUGGGUGUAUUUUUUUCUGACUGCUGCGUUCAACAGCAACGAGCAGCCACCCCUGUAUAGUCACAGGGUAUGGGCUUGGGCCCGGGCCCGGGCCUGGGUCUCUGUCCCCGCUCCUCAGUACACAGCAGACGUGAAGGGCAUGUCGUGUGGGGUGGCCUUGGUGUGCAGCAGGGGAGCCUGAGCGUUUGUCUUGGAUCAGAAGCCUACCAGAUUGCUAGACAAAAGGAAAAACUUGAAGAAAAAAGAAGCUUCGUUUAAUGCUUCAUAGGUAGCAUUUAUAUUUAUAGCACCAAUGUACAUUUUGAAACUUUCAGGGGCGGGCGUUCAAGGGGAACAGGGAAAAAGGGGUGGGUGUGAAGGGGUAGAUGAAAGCUUUAAUUUAAAAAAAAGUUUGAGUAAAGGAAAUUAUUUUGAUUAAAUAUAUUUUAUUUGAUCUGGGUAUUUUUGGACCACGUUAUUAAAUUAAUUGUUAAGCUGCAGUUGAGUUGUUCAAGUGAGAGUUUUGAUAAGCCACGUAUUGGACCGCAUUGUGACUCACUUGCCAGUUGUACUUUAUGGAGCUUAUUUUAUGAUUUAAAAUACUGUACUGUACAUAGGAGGUAUAUGCUACCUUCUCCUUAUUUGUAUGUUUACCAUAUACUUUGAUAUUUGAAAUGUUAUGUACUGGAAAGGCCACUUAUAUUUCUAGAACAGAUUGGAUUUUAUGCAACCUUUUUUUCUUGAAUUAACAGCAAUAAAAAAAUGAAAAACAGCUUAA